AUGCUCCCUCAGAGGCCAGAAAAAGUUCCUUUCUCACUCUCCUUUCCCCUUUUCAUCUCUCUCUCUCCUUUUCUCCUUUCUUGCUCUUACUUCCUGCUUUUUACCUUUUCUCUUUUGACUUUUUCUUUUCUUUUCAAUUUUUUAAAUCCUGUCUCAAAUGGCCACUUCACUUUCUCACUUUUUCUUUUCUUAUUACUUUCAGUUUUUCUUUUUACCUCUUUGUCUCUCUUCUCUUUCAUCUCACACUAUUUUUCUUGUGUUUUUUCUUUCUUGCUACACAUUCUCUCUCUUUACACUUCUCUCAUUUUGAUCUCUCUUUACACUUCUCUCAUUUUGAUCUCUCUUUACACUUAUCUGACGUUGAUCUCUCUUUACACUUAUCUGACGUUGAUCUCUUUACACUUAUCUGACGUUGAUCUCUCUUUACACUUAUCUGACGUUGAUCUCUCUUUACACUUAUCUGACGUUGAUCUCUCUUUACACUUAUCUGACGUUGAUCUCUCUUUACACUUAUCUGACGUUGAUCUCUCUUUACACUUAUCUGACGUUGAUCUCUCUUUACACUUAUCUGACUUUCCCUUUCUGUAUACUUCACUUUCCCUUUCUUUAUACUUAUCUCACUUUCUCUCUCUUUACACUUCUCCCUCUUUCUCUCUGAUUACUCUCACUUUACGCUUCUCUCUCAUUUCCCUCUCUUUACGCUUCUCUCUCAUUUCCCUCUCUUUACGCUUCUCUCUCAUUUCCCUCUCUUUACACUUCUCUCUCAUUUCCCUCUCUUUACACUUCUCUCUCAUUUCCCUCUCUUUACGCUUCUCUCUCAUUUCCCUCUCUUUACGCUUCUCUCCCAGUUUAUGA